AUGGAAAAUGGCAUCAUUCGGGUCAGUUUGUCAAAACCGGAGGGCACUGUCCUAGGAAUAUCAUACAAUGGAAUAGAUAAUGUGCUUGAACGUCGCAACAAAUUUAAUAAUAGAGGGUAUUUUGACAUUGUCUGGAAUGCACCGGGAAGCACUUCCAAACUUUGGGGAAUCCAAGGGAGUAAAUUUUCUGUUAUAGAAGCAAGUGAGAACCAAGUAGAGGUUUCGUUUACAAGAACGUGGGACAUGGACAGCUCAAGUCUCCCCUUAAACAUAGACAAAAGGUAUAUUUUACGUAGAGGUAGUUCAGGAUUAUACAUAUACGCUAUAUUUGAACAUCCCAAAGAUUUUCCUGCACUGGAGAUAGAUCACAUUAGGAUCGUUUUCAAGCUACAAAGGGACAGGUUCCACUACAUGGCCAUAGCAGAUGAUAGGCAACGAGUCAUGCCAACGGCAGAAGAUAGAUCUAAAGGGAGACGCCUUGAUUUUGAUGAAGCAGUUCUAAUAACCAACCCUAGUAAUCCAGAACUUCAAGGAGAGGUUGAUGACAAAUACCAAUAUUCUUGUGAGAACAAAGACAAUAAAGUUCAUGGGUGGAUUAACUUGGACUCCAAUUCCAAUGAAUCUGUGGGCUUCUGGAUGAUAACACCAAGUAAUGAGUUUCGUAGUGGUGGCCCAAUUAAGCAAGGCCUCACUUCUCAUGUCGGGCCAACCACACUCAAUAUACUUCAUACCACUCAUUACUCGGGGAAGGAGGUAACCAUGGCAUUAAAAGAAGGGGAACCCUUCAAGAAAGUUUAUGGCCCUGUUUUUGCUUAUCUGAACUCAGUUUCUAGUGGCCAUGAUUCACAAGCCCUAUGGAGUGAUGCUGUACAACAGCUGUCUGAGGAAAUCAAAAGUUGGCCUUAUGAUUUCCCUAAUUCAGAAGAAUUUUUCCCAGCCAAUAAACGAGGAAGGGUGGAAGGAAGAUUACUAGUCCAAGACCGGCACAUUCAGGGAGGGAGUUUUGUAUAUGGCGACAAUGCUUAUGUUGGUUUGGCUCUUCCGGGAGAUGUGGGUUCAUGGCAAAGACAAAGCAAGGGUUACCAAUUUUGGACUGAAGCUGACAAAGUAGGUCAAUUCACAAUUGAAAAUAUUCUACCGGGGGACUAUGAUUUAUAUGCAUGGGUUCCUGGCAUUUUUGGGGACUAUAAACAUAACACUACUAUAACCAUCACACCAGGUUGUGUUAUCCAAUUGGGUUCACUAAUAUACCAUCCACCAAGAAAUGGACCUACCAUAUGGGAAAUUGGCAUUCCAGAUCGCUCUGCUGCGGAGUUCUAUGUUCCAGAUCCUUAUCCUAACCUCAUCAACCGAUUAUACAUUGGGAAACCAGCACACAAGUUUAGACAAUACGGAUUAUGGCAGCGUUAUACCGAGUUAUACCCAAGUCAGGACCUCGUUUAUAAUGUUGAUGUCAGUAAUUAUAGUAAAGAUUGGUUUUAUGCUCAGAUUCCCAGGAACAUAGGAAACAACACAUUUAGCCCAACAACAUGGGAGAUUAAAUUCCAUCUCCCAUUUGUUAUAAGAGGCACCUACACACUGCAACUUGCCUUGGCCUCAGCUACUCGUUCUAACUUGGUGGUUCGGCUCAAUAACCCUGUGGCUCGUCCUCCACACUUCUCAACGGGAUUAAUAGGCCGAGACAAUUCCGUAGCAAGACAUGGCAUCCAUGGAUUGCACAGGCCUUACAGCAUUGAAGUACCAAGCUAUCUAUUGGUGGAAGGAACCAACACCAUCUAUUUGAGGCAAUCAAAAGGUCUAAGUCCUUUCCUAGGAGUUAUGUAUGACUACAUCCGUUUGGAAAGACCUGAAACUUAG